AUGUCGUAUCCCACACUACAUCUUCGCGCAGAGACCAAGCCGCUCGAGCACCGCUCAGCGCUGACCCCUACCACAGCCAAGGCCUUGAUGGAUGAAGGCUAUCUUGUCAACAUAGAACGUAGCAGCUUAAGCAUCUUCCCCGACUCCGAGUUCGAAAAGGUCGGCGCCAACAUGGUGCCCGAGGGCAGCUGGAUCGAAGCCCCCUCCGACCACAUCAUCGUUGGUCUCAAGGAGCUCCCCGAGGAGACCUUCCCCCUCAAGCACACACACGUUCAGUUCGCACAUUGCUACAAGAACCAAGGUGGUUGGGAGGAGGUCCUCGCCCGUUUCCCUCGCGGCGGCGGUACUCUCUACGAUCUUGAGUUCUUGCAGGACGAGCAGGGCCGUCGCGUAGCUGCUUUCGGUUUCCACGCCGGAUUCGCCGGCGCUGCAUUGGCUGUCCAGGCCUGGGCUCACCAAUUGAUCGAGGGUGCCGGCAAGCCUCUGGAGGGCGUCAAGCCUUUCGCCAAUGAGGGCCUGCUUGUUGCCGAUGUCAAGAAGAGCUUGGAGAAGGGUGAACAGAAGGUUGGCCGCAAGCCUAGAGCUUUGGUCAUGGGUGCUUUGGGUCGCUGCGGCAGAGGCGCCGUUGACCUGCUCCAGAAGGUCGGCGUGCCUGAGGAGAACAUCGUCAAGUGGGACAUGGCCGAGACCCAGAACCGCCCUGGUCCCUACCCCGAGAUCCUCGACAGCGACAUCUUCGUCAACUGCAUCUACCUCUCACAACCCAUCCCUCCUUUCAUCGAGCCUGCUCAGCUCAACUCCGAAGACCGCAAGCUCAGCGUUGUCUGCGACGUCAGCUGUGACACCACAAAUCCUCACAACCCCAUCCCCAUCUACGACAUCAACACCACUUUCGACAAGCCCACAGUGCCUGUCAACAUCACCACCGGCCCACCGCUGUGCGUCAUCUCCAUUGACCACUUGCCCUCCCUCCUGCCCCGCGAGGCUUCAGAAGCAUUCAGCGAUGCUCUGCUGCCAAGUCUGAGAACCCUCAAGGACAGAAAGAGCGAAAGAGUCUGGCAGGAAGCCGAGAAGCUGUUCGACGACAAGGUCAAGACUCUGUCUCAGGACAAGUUGAACGCUUAG